ACAGGCUGCUUUACGGCACCCGUCGCCUUCAGGCUUGAUUUACGGCUCCUUCAUCAGUUAUGCCUUGGGCGUGGACCUUCUUCCCAGCGUCCUCCGAGCUCUCGCCUCCGUCUCCCCGGCCGAGUCCCCUUCGGCGUCCCGGUAGGCGGGACCGAGCUCCGGCGUGCCGCGCGUUCCGAGGCGCAGUCAACAUGGCUGGGGCUGAAGAAGCAGUGCAUGAAGGGUGUAACAACUGCCCUCCCUUUGCUGGUGGGAAGUCUGUGCUGUGCUUUGGACAGAGCCAGUACACAGCAGAAGAGUACCAGGCCAUCCAGAAGGCCCUGAGGCAGAGGCUGGGCCCGGAGUACAUCAGCAGCCGCAUGGCCGGAGGAGGCCAGAAGGUGUGUUAUAUUGAAGGUCAUCGGGUGAUUAAUCUGGCCAAUGAGAUGUUUGGUUACAAUGGCUGGGCACACUCCAUCACCCAGCAGAAUGUCGAUUUUGUUGACCUCAACAAUGGCAAGUUCUACGUGGGAGUCUGUGCAUUUGUAAAGGUGCAGUUAAAGGAUGGCUCCUAUCAUGAGGAUGUGGGUUAUGGAGUUAGUGAGGGCCUCAGGUCAAAGGCCUUGUCAUUGGAGAAGGCCAGGAAGGAGGCUGUGACUGAUGGGCUGAAGCGGGCACUCAGGAGUUUUGGGAAUGCGCUUGGAAAUUGCAUUUUGGACAAAGACUAUCUGAGGUCACUAAAUAAGCUUCCACGACAGAUCCCUCUGGAAGUGGAUUUAACUAAAACAAAGAGAGAAGAUUUUGAACCAUCUGUAGAACAGGCAAGAUAUAACAGCUGCCGACAGAAUGAAACACUGGGACCCCCCAAACCACAAGACGCAACUUCCCCUUGCAGACCAAGCCACUCACAUGAUUCGAACAUUAGGCUACAGGGGGCUAAGGACAGCAGCAGCUCCUGCAGUCUGGCUGACACUGUGGAGAGUGAUGCCACUUACCAACGAAAGCUCCGGAAGCUCCGGCAGAAACAGAUGCAGCAGCAGUUCCGGGAGCAGAUGGAGACCCGACAGCAGGGCUUUGCACCUGCCGAGGUGGAAGCCAAGCCUGAGGCAGUGCUUCCAGCCCCUCCAAAAUACAGCACCCCCGGAACUGCUGCCUCAGGACUCUCCAGCGAGAAAGCCGUCUUUACAGAUAAUCUUGAAGACAACCUUGAAGUGUGGGACUUGACUCCAGAUUUAGAGGACAUCAUUAAGCCCUUGUCUAGACCAGAACCACCCCAAGCCUCUGCCACCCGAACCCUCAACAACCAGGUGGUGACCCCGGAUGGUGUCCUACAUGGGCUUUGCCACCAGGAACAAGAAAAGCCUGGACCCGGGCACCUGCAGACCUGCAGCACCAACCAGCACGAACUAGGAAACUCUGACUCUCAUAGGAAGAGCCAGGACCUGAAGAAAAGGAAACUGGACCCAUCCUGAAGCUCGAGACAUGACUAGAUUCUGUCCUUGAAGGACUUUGGAAAACUGCAGUUUGGUCACAGAAUUGUUCCCGAGGCUUUUACACCUUUGUUCAUUCUGAGCUCAUUAGAGGACUUUAGAUACUACUGUCGAGAAAGCCAACUAGGUUACAAGGUUUUCCCACCCUGUAAUUGGAGGCCAACAGAUGAAAUGUUUUUUUUUUCCGCAUCAUUCACUCUCAAACUACUGUAUUGAGAUUUUAGAGUUAGCAGGCUGCCUAACGAUGUAGCCCAUCAAGCCACAGUUUUGAUAUUUUACCUACAUUAAAUUAUGUGUGAU